ACAAGGAACAAACAUGACAGCAUCCGGUCUGAGGUUAUCCGGUACGUUCCUGGUGUAUAUCUGAGAGAGAGAGAGAGAGAGAGAGAGAGAGAGAGAGAGAGAGAGAGAGAGAGAGAGAGAAUGAAUGAAUGAAUAUCUUAGACCUUCGAUAAGGAAUUCAUUCUUCAAGCCGUGAGAUAUAUCUGGGUCGAAUUAGACCAGAGGUACCUAGAAUGUUUUCGCGCGUGGAAAAAAACCAGUGACCUGGCAACCUGACACAGCUGAAUGACCCUUAAUGACCUUCUAAGGGUUUUUAGAUGAGCUACCAUCUAUCAUGAAGAAGCGAGCCAAUAAGGCCUCGGAGCUGGACGAUCCUUUGUGCUGCUGUGAGUAUGUGGACCGACAUGGUGGGCGGAGUCACAUGGCAGCGUGCUGCUGUGACUGUGAGGAUCUGGACGAGGCUUGUGACAGGUGGAUGAAGAGAGAAUCCCAAAAGCCAGAUUCGAUAUCUCGAGCGGCGGCCACGGUGACAGAUCGUCUGCGAGUGCCCUGGAUUUCAGGAGCUAAAAAAGUCGACCUGUCCCUGAUCCCACCUCUUAUCCUACUUCCUAUCCUCUUGCACAUUGCUGCCCUUCAUUACCUGCUGGGUAUCGUGGUCCUGACGACGCUACCCGGCAUGGUGCUGUGGUAUUACUACUUCACCCACCGCAAGAAAGGACGCACGCUGUUCUUCCUCAGCUUGGCAUUGUUCUCCCUCUUCUAUAUGUACUACCUCUUCCUCACCGAGGUUGUGCCACGAGGUGACGUCACCAACGUACAGCUGGGGAUCAUCACUCUAGGCAUGGUGCUUACACUCACAGCCCUCGUGCACACCAAGAGAGGCCCGGGCUACGUCAAGCCCAGUCCUGCUGACACGCACAGCACAGUGACGUAUUACAGCCUUCCCCCGGACGUAGACCCCGCAUACGAUGAUGGCUCACAACAUCAGGUGGUGAUCACCAAUCGAACCGGUCCUGCCGAGCAAGCCGUUGAGUCCAGAGCUGUGGCAGGCGACGAGUUAGAGAAAGACCGCAGCAGGAGUAACUGGUGUCCAUUCUGCAAGCUGGUGCGACCUCCGAGAGCCGGACACUGCAGGAUCUGCCGCGCUUGUGUCCUACGCCUGGACCAUCACUGUGUCUGGAUUAACAGCUGUGUAGGUCAGGCCAACCAUCGCAGCUUCCUACUGACGCUCUUCUUCUUCCUGUUGACCUCAUUGUAUGGGAUCAGCUUGGUGCUGCGCAGUGCAUGUCCCACCCAGAGCCUCCUGACCGCCUUGUUCUACUGCCCCGAUGUCUACAGUCAGUCCAGCUCGGCCUUGUGCUUCACCUGUGCUUGGUACAGCAGCAUCGUCACUGGUGGUCUGUUUCACCUGCUGAUGCUGCAGCUGAUUAACGUCAGCACCAACGUAACAGAGCGCGAGGCUCGGGUUGCUCUGAGGGACAAAACGGGACGCAGUCUCAUAUGGGGCCUCAUCAUCGACACCGGUGUGUAUUCGCACGGCUUCCGCGCCAACUGGAUCGAAUUCCUCACCAUGGGCGAAACGGUGGAGCCUAAAGCCCUGAAACCUACAGAUCUGGUGUAGACCUGCUGCUGCUCAACAUCUAGACUUUAAUGAAAUGUGACUUAUUGGAGGUCAUGAAAAGCUGUCAGAUCGGAUUGAAGCGUUACACACAUGCAGAUACAACAUAGUCCCAAGAUUAGGAGAACAGAAAGGUUUUAUUUUUAUUUUUGUCCACCAGGUGGCAGCAAUAUAUUAUAUUUCAUCUGGCUAUAACCAAAAUGUCUUAUCAGUGCACCUCAACAGUAAAGGGGUCUGGAUAUCAAACCGUUCACCAGACCCAAUAUCUGUGUGUCCAAAGCCAUAUAAAAUACACCAUAAGACCAUAACAUUCAGAGCUGCUGUGUAUCUGUCGUCGCUGGACAGACUGUAAAGUAGUGUUGUCUAGACAUCGUGUCAUGAUCUAGCUUGAUUUAGUGCCUUGCUGGGACAUGGGAAGAAAAGAAAAAAAAAGACAGCCUACAACGCAGCCCUAGUCGGCUGUAAAACUCCGACGGCAUCACAGUGAAUGUGAAACGACGACCGACAGAUGUUAUGUGCGUGUCUUGUGUUUUUAUAUUGCUCAUAUGGACACAAGUGUUUAAUAUCUGUGUUAAACAAGCAGUGGACUUGCAGUGUUUAAGAAAUCAGGUCAGAACGAAUACGUGAAGAUCCGUCUCAUUUUAAAGCCUUGUUAAAAACACACUAGUGAAAAAUAAAUAAAUAACAAUACAAGCUCAAAGUACAAAACGGGUUCCGUCUGUUUUUACCAAGCAGUGUUUGUUCUGAUCUGUGAACCAUGAUGCAUCAGUGAUAAGCUGCUCAGAUUGAUUGUGACUCACAAAAGAAAAAAAAUUAAACAUUUCCAAAAAGA